CCCUGUGCGCACAGGGUCCCAUCUGGGAGUGACCUCACACUCUCCCGUGACGUGUCACAACGCGUUUGUGGAGGCCAAAUUAAAAAUGAGCAGUCUCCAAAAAGAGCCUUUCUUUUCUUGCACAAAUAGGGGGCAAGUCAGAGUGUUCUGAGCUUGAAAUGUUACACCACAACCUAGUUUGCGGUUAGAAUGAUGAUCUCGCCACUGCAUCAACCCGGUUGGGUGCGCUCAUCUGCAGUCCAGCACACAUUUUUCGAAAAAAGAUCAUUUCAAGCAGCUUGUGGAGUAACAGGUAGAAUGUUCCAGUUUGCGCGAUAAAACAGGUCGAAUCUCAACUCGGGCGUUAUUUAUUUCAAAGCCACUUGUCCCCCCCUCGCUGUCGGAUCGAUGAAGUGGGCGUCGAUUGCGUUGAGCGUCUGAGGUGAAAUGUGACUUCGGAGGAGCUUCGGCGGCGCGCGCGUGCAGCACCACGGACAGCGUCUCUUUCUCUCUCAACUUGGCCAUCCGUCCUUCCUUCCCUCUUUUUCUUUUCCUUCACUCCACACGUCCGGGAGCGCUCCGGAGGAUGUUUGCCGAUUCAGCGCUGCUCGUCCAGCCCGCAGGAAGCAAAGGAAGCCCGCACAGGCUGUAAACUACGAAAGCGCAGAAGAGGAGGCCGAGCACGAGGAUCACGCUGAUGCUUUCAAUGGCCUCUGUCAGAAUAAAAACACUGGUGUUGUGAGAGCUGGUGCCGCUGUGCCUCACUGUGCUUUUAACUUCAGAGGCGACGACAUCCAAACCUGAGCAGACGCUGACCAAAAAAAAUCACAGUCAGGACCUUGCUCCGUCAAGGGAAAUGUCAUUGGGGGACUCCCCAGUGUUGGGGGUGCACCCUGUGCCCCGACCCUUCCGGCUGUCCCACAUUCUCCUCCUGCUCCUAUGCGUGACUCUCUUUGCCCAGGCUCCCCAGGGUUUGCCUGUGGUUGGUUAUAACACAGACUCCAAAAAGGAGAUCACGCUGGAGGGAGAUUUGAUGAUCGGCGGUCUCUUCCCCGUGCACCAGAAAGGUGAGGCCGCCCAGGAUUGCGGGAAGAUCAAUGCGCAACGAGGAAUCCAGCGACUGGAGGCCAUGCUGCUUGCUCUCGAUGAAAUCAACAGGGAUGAGCGCAUCUUGCCCGGAAUUCGUUUAGGAGCUCAUAUACUGGACACGUGCUCCAAGGACACUUACGCUCUGGAGCAAUCUCUCGAGUUUGUCAGGGCAUCACUCACCAAAGUGGACGACAGCGAGUACACGUGCCCUGAUGGAUCCUAUGCCAUCCAUGAUGAAGUCCCGUUGGCUAUCUCUGGAGUUAUAGGAGGAUCUUACAGCGAUGUUUCUAUUCAGGUGGCCAACUUGCUGCGACUCUUUCAGAUCCCUCAGGUUAGUUACGCCUCCACCAGUGCCAAACUUAGUGACAAGACUCGCUACGACUACUUUGCCCGCACCGUACCCCCCGAUUUCUUCCAGGCCAAGGCUAUGGCCGAAAUCCUACGUUACUUUAACUGGACGUAUGUAUCGACAGUCGCAUCGGAAGGUGACUACGGCGAGACCGGUAUUGAUGCCUUUCAGCAGGAGGCCCGAGCCCGCCACAUCUGCAUCGCCACCUCAGCCAAGGUGAGCCGUUCCAUGAGCCGCUGGAGCUAUGAGAACGUGAUCCGCUCCCUGCAGCAGAAGUCCAACGCCAAGGUGGUCAUCCUGUUUACUCGCAGCGAAGAUGCCCGUGAGCUUCUGGUGGCGGCCAACCGCAUGAACGUCACUUUCACCUGGGUGGCCAGCGAAGGUUGGGGCGCGCAGGAAAGUGUGGUGAGGGGCAGCGAAGCUGUUGCAGAUGGCGCAUUCACCAUUGAGCUGGCCUCCUAUCAGAUCCCCCAGUUUAAUGACUACUUCACGGCUCUCCAUCCGUACAACAACACCAGGAAUCCGUGGUUCCGAGAGUUCUGGGAGAACCAGUUCCAGUGCAGCCUCCACAAUUUAAGCUGUGGGAAGCACUCCCUGCGAGAGGCUCCGUUUCAACCUGAAUCCAAGAUUAUGUUUGUGGUGAAUGCAGUUUAUGCGAUGGCCAUGGCAUUGCACAACAUGAGGCAGGCCUUGUGCCCAAACUCCACCAAGGUCUGCGAUGCUCUUAAACCUGGCAAUGGCAGGAAGUUUUACAGGGACUAUAUUCUCAAGACCAAGUUUGAGGCACCAUUUCGUCCACCAGAUACAGACAAUAUCGUCCGCUUUGACGCCUUCGGAGACAGCUUCGGCCGCUACAACAUUUUCCACUAUCACAAGGAAGGUGGACGCUACAGCUAUCGCAAGGUCGGUUACUGGGCUCAGAGUCUGAUCCUGAACACUAGUCUCAUCCCCUGGGCUGGGGCACCCACCUCUCAGUGUAGCGACCCCUGCAGGAAGAAUGAGGUGAAGAGUAUGCAGCCUGGAGAUGUGUGCUGCUGGAUCUGCAUCCCUUGUCAGUCUUACCAAUACUUGCAGGAUGAGUUCACGUGUGCUGACUGCAGCUUUGGACAGUGGCCUCUGGCUAAUCUGACAGGUUGCUAUGACCUACCUGAGGAGUACAUCCGCUGGGAAGAUGCCUGGGCCAUUGGACCUGUCACCAUCUCCUGUCUGGGGAUGAUGUGCACUCUAUUCGUCAUUGGCCUCUUCCUAAAACACAACGAGACACCCGUGGUGAAAGCCAGCGGACGUGAGCUCUCCUACAUUCUCUUGCUGGGAGUGCUGAUGUGCUACACAAUGACUUUCAUCUACAUCGCCAAACCUUCCACAGCCGUUUGUACACUGCGCCGUCUGGGCUUAGGAACCUCCUUCGCCGUGUGCUACUCAGCCCUGCUGACCAAGACCAAUCGCAUUGCUCGGAUCUUCAACGGCGUUAAGGGCGGUGCCCAACGACCUCGAUUUAUCAGCCCAGCCUCACAAGUUGCCAUCUGUGGAGGUCUGAUCUCCUGCCAGCUGGUGGUGGUGGUGGUCUGGCUGCUCAUAGAAGCUCCGGGAGUGAGAAAGGAAGUGAGCCCAGAGAAGAGAGAUGUAGUCACCCUCAAGUGUAACAGCAAAGACUCCAGCAUGCUCAUGUCUCUCACCUACAACUGCGUCCUCAUCAUCCUCUGCACGGUUUACGCCUUCAAGACCCGCAAGUGCCCUGAAAACUUCAAUGAAGCCAAGUUUAUUGGGUUCACCAUGUACACAACCUGCAUCAUCUGGCUGGCUUUUCAGCCCAUUUUCUAUGUCACUGCCAGUGACUACAGGGUGCAGACCACGACUAUGUGUAUCUCGGUCAGUCUGAGCGGGUCGGUUGUCCUGGGCUGCCUGUUUGCUCCGAAAGUCCACAUCAUCCUGUUCCAGCCGCAGAAAAAUGUCAGCACUCUGAGAGUGGCCACCACCCGCUUCAGCGUCACCACCGGCCCGGCCUCCAGUUUCUCUCAAGCAUCAGCAUCAGCCUCCAACGCUGUUCCGACGGUGUGUAACGGCCGAGAGGUGGUGGACUCCACCACGUCUUCCUUGUGAAGAUCAGCUGAGUAGCUCCACCAGACGUAAACACAAUUAUAUAACCACUAGUCCUCAAUCAGGUGUCUCAGAUAUUAAAGCGGACCAUUGUCCUGACUUUGUUGUCCUCAAAGUGCUGUGAGUACAAUGUUCCAAUUAUUUUCUUCUGUUCUUUGAUUCAAAGCAAUUACAAAGUAAAUUGAUGCCAGUUAAGGUUACAUCGAGUGUUGCCCUCGUUUCUACUGCAACAAUGAUCGUGAAUCUGUUCAAUGUAUUAUAUACAGGAUGUUUUUCAUGUAGAUUUUGGUGAACAGUUUGUGCUUUCUUGUAAUUUAUGUAAAUAAAAUGUGUUUUUUUUUUAUUAAUACGAGAAUUCAUUUGUAGUUUAUUUGAGAUGAAUCAUUCACAUUAUUUGUUUCCUUGCUGUAUUCUUACGCGAACUCUUUAUAUAAAUACUGUGUUGUACUUUUUUAUAUCACUAAACCUGGCAUUUGCACAGUGGUGGAUAGACUUUUUAAAUCAAUUUUAUUAUAAUAAUCUAUACGUAUUUACUGUGAUCUAUCUUCUGCCAAAGCAUUCUAUUCGAAUGGAGAUCUCGCCAAGAUUCAGCCGAAAAGAAUAAAUGUGCACCAGAGGAUACGA